GUCAUGGCACAUUGUGGCAAGUGCGCCACGCGCCUGAUCGAAACAGCUAAAGAGGUGCAGAGUUCUCUCAUCGCCUCCAAGUACUUGAAUUGUCGAUUUGUCAGAGGCGCUCGAGAGGUGGGAGGUGAAGAUACCUUUACAGCUACCGGUAAGAGCAAAGGAAAAAAACAGGCCUUCAGCAAGAGUGGACGCGGCACAGGAAAGACCUUGGACGACGUGACGAGCAAGGCGAAGCUCGACAUAGUGUCCCAGUAUUCCGUUAUUGUGAAGGUAAAGCAAAACGUGGAGUGGAGAUCUUCCCCGGCUUCGAAUGGUGGUCAACAAGAGCCACCGUGGUACUUUCAGAUCCAGAACCACCCUGUGCUUUCGUCAGCGACGAACAACAGGAAUAAGUACCAACAUGAUGGGAACAUCAAGAAGGGUGAAACUUCUCGUCUAGUCAAUAGAGGUGGCGAUAUGUGGACACUGUUAUCCACAGUGCAGUUUGCGCAUGAGCACAAGUGCGCACAAGAAAACAUUCCCGCGUCUGUGCGUGCUCUGGUUUCGAAGGAAAUAUGCGUCGCCUUCUCCAAAGUUUUGGAUUUUUGCGCCCAAAGCGGAAGUGCUUCUAUUAAAGACGACGUAGAAACUGUCUUCGAAGUUCAGCACGUUCAACUGUGGGGAGCCGCUCUGCCAGCGAAUCGGUUGCCUGCUUCAAGCAAUACCACACCAAGGCUGGGGUCGUAUCUUUACGAUGCGGAUUUUCAUCUCGGAGUUGUCCGCGAUUGGCUUGCGGGUGACAACAUUGGUGCCGCAUUUCGAAGUGGGAGAGAACUGGCUGAUGCCUUGGUUCAUCUUACCACGUCUUCCUCUUUUACAGGUCGUGAGAUGGCAUCAUCUCGAAACCUGGGUGAGCGAGUUGAUUUUUGCAGUUGCAGCAAUGAUGUUAGUGCCCGCACUGCCUCUACUGCCACAACAAACAAGAGUUCCGCACAUGCGCCUUCAUUCAGCGAACGAAGAGACGAGCAACCUCUUAAGAACAUCUCAGCCGAACUUCCGUCUAACGCACAAGCAGCGGGUGACGCGAGAAGCAGGAGAAGGGCAAGAGGAAGAGGCAGGUGGCAAAAGGACAAGGUCCCUCAGGGUCAGGACGAUGCAAAAAUGAAAAAUGUCGGUAAUAAAAGACAGGACGACGAGCAGCAGAGAGGAGACCUUUUUUUAUCAUCACCUGUCAGUCCCAGUCCUGCGCCAGAGAAAACGAACGAAAUGACGUCGGAGGCAGACACGAAUGACUGCCCUGACGCACCAGCUGAUGAAAAUAAUGCCAACGCCAAGGAAGACGGUGAUUGGAAAUGGGCCGUCCGGCAGCGCGUCUGGGACUAUCUUGAGAAGCAUGAAGAUUUGGCCAGAUUUCCGCGUCCGGUCCGUCAUCGUAUCCCCAAUUUCGUUGGUGCGGAGGCUGCGGCAGAAAAGAAUUUUGCCACUCUACCUGAGUUUCAACGUGCGCGCGUGGUGAAGGUCAACCCGGAUACCCCGCAAAAGCAGAUUCGUUAUUUGACGAUGAAGCAGGGGAAGACGCUGAUGGUGCCGCAGCCCCGUCUUUUAAAGGGAUUUUUCUCCAAAAUCACCCAUGAAGUCGUGAAUGCGUAUCACCACGGCAACUCCUUUAAGGGCUGCUCUUUGAAAAUCAAAAUCCAUGUUGACUUUUAGUAGAUACACAGGUGCAUUAUACUUAGUCCGUGGAGCAUUAUACAGAUUACGUCAAUACGUAGGAUGUAGCUGUCUGCUGGGCACUCAUUUUGUCACCACCAGUGAGCUUCGGGAUGCUCUGUCUCAUCACCUCUAGCACUAGCACUAGAACAAGGCAUGUUCCUGUUCGCUUCUAAUUUCCCAGCCUCCAACAGCACUGGCACUUCAUCCACCUUGCACCAGAAUCUUGCGUAUUUGUCGACGUCUGGUGGAGCAGCGGCUGUCGGGCAGCCUCUAGACUUCGACGCUAUGGAUGACGUGAAAGUGGACCUCGUGGUCAUCGGCAGCGUCGCAGUGAACCCCAGAACAGGUGCGCGCAUUGGCAAAGGCGAAGGCUUCGCUGAGAUUGAGUAUGGGGUGCUCCGCAUGAUGGGACAGAUCGACGAGAACACACCAGUGGUGACCCAUGUGCACGACUGCCAGGUGGUCGAGGACAAAGAUAUUCCCUCCGAGAAGCUGUUAGCACAUGAUGUGUGCGUAGACGUGAUAGUGACGCCGACGCGCGUGAUACGCAUACCGAAGGAGCAGAAAGGUAAGCCCCAGCCAACGGGCAUAUACUGGGAGUUGCUGUCGCCUCAGAAACUUGCACAAGUGAAGGUCUUGCGCGACUUGAAGCGCUUCAUCCAACGCAAGCUUGGUGGCGUGGCCCUUCCGACAGGCCCCGACGAGCAGUUGCCGCCAACGGCAGAGCGUCGUGGCAAAGGAGGAGGCAAAAGUCAGGAUAACAAUAGGGGAAAAGGUCGCGGCAAAAAGGGUUGGAAGAAACACACUAAGACGAGCGACGAUGGAAACAAUGAAGAUAAUGGUCACGACGAAGCAGCUAAGCAAGACCAGACAGCGAGCAAGACGCAACCCGAUCCGUCAGGGAACGCUUCUACUUUCAGACCAAAGAGCCGAGGGUCGGGCCGUCCCAACAGAUGGGGACGGGGCAAGGGUGGAAAGAAAGGAAAAGAGUCUUCAUCAACGGGUGUAAAAGACGCACCAAGUGCGGACUAGAUGAAUUCGCAGAUGCUCGCCGUUCCUCUUAGACCCUAUCGCGUAGAAGACAUGUACCUCCCGACGAGCCAACAGAGCACAGUUGUGCCACGCUCCGAAAUAGUACUGCUUUGGGAACAACUUUCGUCAAACAGUCAAAUAUAUAAAGACCAGAAUGUCAUGGUGGUCUAGAACUACAAAAU